AUGCGUCCCAUACUCUCAUUUUCCCUCCUCACACUCGGCUCCCUCGCUACCUCCCUCCCCACAGUGACCGCCACCGAGCUCGCGCCUCUCCCGCUCGUAAUCUGGCACGGCCUCGGCGAUGACUUCGAACGCAGCGGAAUGAAAGAAGUAGCUUCGUUGGUGGAGACCCUCCACCCAGGCACAUACGUACAUCUUAUCCACCUAGCAGACAGCGGGUCGGGAGACCGUCAGGCGUCUUUCUUCGGUGACGUCAACGAGCAGGUAGACACAGUGUGCGCACAGCUACGGUCGGAUCGGAUCCUUCGUACCGCGCCGGGCAUCAACGCUUUGGGAUUCUCACAGGGCGGCCAGUUUCUGCGCGCGUACGUACAACGAUGCAAUUCACCCACCGUGCAUAACCUCGUUACGCUGGGCAGUCAGCAUAAUGGGAUUGCGGAGUUCCAGGCGUGCGAGUCCAGCGACUGGGUUUGUCGUGGCGGGGAGGCGUUGCUGAGAUGGGGAAGGUGGUCCAGUUUCGUGCAGAGUCGGCUCGUUCCCGCUCAGUAUUUUAGGGAUCCGGCUGAGUUGGACGCGUACCUUGAACAUAGCAAUUUCCUGGCCGAUGUGAACAAUGAGCGUGAGGAGAAGAAUGCUACGUAUGCGGAGAAUAUGAGACGGUUGAAUAGGUUUGCGAUGGUCUUGUUUGAGGAUGAUCAGAUGGUGCAUCCGAAGGAGAGUGCGUGGUUCGCGGAGGUGAAUGGUACCACUGGGGAGGUGACACCAUUGAAGGAGAGGAGUAUAUACAAGGAAGAUUGGUUGGGGUUGAGGACGCUCGGUGAGCAGGGGAAAUUAGAUUUCAAGACCGUCCCCGGAAGACAUAUGCAGUUGUCCGAGGAGGUUCUGGCCAAGUUGUUUAAGGAAUAUUUUGCUCCGGUCGAGGUGGAUCUUUCGAGUGAGCAGUUGUCUGAGCUUCCGGCUGAGAGGUUGGUUCAGCAGCUUGGGUAUUAG